CUUCAGCAGGGGCCGCGCCGGAGGGGCCGCGACCGCCGCGCCCCACCCCGCGCCCACCGGCACCCCCGGCAACCCCCGGCACCCCCGGCGCCGCCAGGGACCCUCCUGGGGCCGGGCCCAGCGGGGCGGCAGGGCGAGGCAACCAUGGCUCUCUACAACAAUGGGGCUGAUGUGCCUUCGCCCCAGGAAGCUUCCAACGGCUUCUCCCAGCCCGGCGCCUCCGGAACGUGGCACAAGGGUGAGGAGGAGGUGCGUCUGGUGGAGCCCAGCAUGGUGAAGAAGGCUCACCGGGAAAUCCUGGACCACGAGCGCAAGCGGCGGGUGGAGCUGAAGUGCAUGGAGCUGCAGGAGAUGAUGGAGGAGCAGGGGUACUCCGAAGAGGAGAUCCGGCAGAAAGUGGGGACCUUUCGGCAAAUGCUGAUGGAGAAGGAAGGUGUGCUCACCAGGGAGGACCAGCAUGGGCGCCAAAUCGUGAUAGAAAACCACCACGGGGCGGAUGGGGAGGAGUACGCGGUGGAGUAUCCCGACUACGGCGAGGGCUGCCUGCUGCAGUGCGACUGUUCGGCCGAGUGCUACCGCGAGGACAGCGGCCACCGCGAGUACAGGCUGAAGAGGCGCUCGAGCAGCUCUACCUCUCCUCCCCCCAAGAAGAAAAAGAAGAAGAAAUCGGGUCACCGCCGGAGCCGCAAAAAGAGGAAACCUGGCUCGGAGCGCAGCUGCGACAGCUCUUCACCCAUCCGCAAGGAAAAGAAAAAGAAGACUGGAAAGAAACACAGACGUGACAGAUCUGAGUCAGGGUCACGGAAGAAGAGAAGACACAGGUCCCGAAGCCCCAAGAACAAACGGAAAGAGAAAAACAAAGAGCGCAAGAGGUCCCGCAGCGAGUCCCCGGCCUGGCGCUCGCACCGGCGCAGCUCCUGCAGCUCCCACAGCGCCUCCCUCUCCUCCGACGACAGCGGCUCCAAAUCCCCCGGCAGGCUGAGCCCCAAGCGCCGGCAGGAUGGUCCCAAGGGCAGCAGCGCCCGCUCCAGCCGCAGCCCGUCCUCGCCCUCGCCCCAGCGCUCGGCCUCGCCGCACCAGAACGGGCACAAGGGCAGCGCCCAGAACGGCCGCCACAGCCACGGUGCCCCGCUCCCGGAGCCCUCGGAUAGGCCAGCCUCGGUCCCCUCUCCGCGGGCUCAUGGCAGGACGGAGCCGCUGUCCCCCCGCGCCCGGGGGGGCCGACACGGUGCCCGCAGCCCCCGGUCACCCACGCCGGAGCGGGGCAAGCACGGCCACCGGCAUCGCUCCCGCAGUGCCUCGCCGCCCUCCCGACACCGCGGCCAGAGCAAGGGGCGGCCCCCGGCCCCCCGGGAGCCCCCGCCGGCGCCGCUCAGCCCCCCCGGCUACAGCAGCGACUCGGAGGGCUCGGCGGGAUCACACCCCUACCACCCGCCGGCCGGCCCCGACAGGAACCACGGCGCACACGGGAAGAAGAUAAAGGAGAGGCACCACCGGGGCCGGCCCAACAGCAGCUCGGAGUCGUCGGCCAAGCACUCCCGGCACACGUCGGAGCGCAGGAAGAGCCCGUCACCCAGCCCCGGCCAGCGCAGCAGCUCCUGGAGCUCCAGCGGCUCCCUCUCCAAGUCCCGCUCCCGCUCCCGGGAGAAGAGAGCAGGACGCAGCCGCUCCCGAUCACCCUCGCCGAAAAAACCCGCCAGCAGAGAGAAGGACAACGAGCCCCGAACACGUCACGGUGAUCCUGAUCCUGCCCGCGCCCGGCGCCGCUCCAGGAGCUACUCCCCAAUUAGGAAGAGGAGACGUGACUCCCCCAGCUUCAUGGAGCCCAGGAGGAUCACGAGUGCUCGCAAGCGUCCCAUUCCCUACUACCGGCCCAGCCCCUCGUCCUCCAGCUCGCUGAGCACCUACUCGUACAGCCGGAGCCGCAGCCGCAGCUACGACAGCUACAGCUCCAGCCGCAGCCGCAGCCGGACUCGCAGCCCCCCCAGCCGCUCCCGCAGCCCCAGCCGCAGCCCCAGCUACAACAGCCGCAGCAGCUCGGAGAGCGCCGGCUUCUGAGCCCCCCCGGCACCCGGCCGCAGCCCCCCGACACCCCAGCUCUGCCCCCUCCAUGCCUCCUGCGCCCCCAGAAGGGACGGGACCACCGGAGAGGUGGAAAAGAGCCGGGGGAUGCUAAGGAUGGACCUGGCGGCGGGGGAAAGC